AUGCCGAGAUCCAGGAAUGGUACAAGGGCUUCCUCAAGGACUGCCCCACCGGCAACCUCACUGUGGAGGAGUUCAAGAAAAUCUACGGCAACUUCUUCCCCUACGGUGACGCGUCCAAGUUCGCCGAGCACGUGUUCCGCACGUUCGACGCCAACGGUGACGGGACGAUCGACUUCCGGGAGUUCCUCUGCGCCCUGUCCGUGACGUCACGGGGUCGGCUGGAGCAGAAGCUCAAGUGGGCCUUCUCCAUGUACGACCUGGACGGCAACGGGUACAUCAGCCGACCGGAGAUGCUCGAGAUUGUCACGGCCAUCUACAAGAUGGUGGGCUCCGUGAUGAAGAUGCCGGAGGACGAGUCGACGCCCGAGAAGCGCACCGACAAGAUCUUCCGCCAGAUGGACCGCAACCACGACGGCAAGCUCAGCCUGGAGGAGUUCGUGGAGGGCGCCAAGAGUGAUCCGUCCAUCGUGCGGCUGCUGCAGUGUGACCCUCAGGCGCAGUGACCCGGCCCGCCCGCUGCCUGCCAGCUCGGCCCGGCCCGGCCCGGCCCGGCCCGCGUCAGGGGGCGUCCCGUCGGCGGGGCGAGAGAGAGCGCCGGUCGGAGGCGGCUCGGGGAGGCCCAGUCCGCGCGAGACUCUGGUCCGGCGCGGCUCAGGAGGACACGCUACACCCGGUCCAGGAGGACAGCACGCCUGGCCGGGAGGAUGCUCCGUCCGGCGGGGAGGACUCUGCCGAGCCGGCGCUGGACCGACAGCGACGAGGGGACGCCCCGCGAGAGGACGCCCGGCCAGGCCGGAGAGGACGGUUCGCCGUGCCGAGAGGACUGUUUACCGUGCCGAGAGGACGGUUCGCCCUGGCUAAGAGGACUGCCGAUCCGACGUGGGAGCACGCCGCGGUCCAGGCUGCGUCCCGCGUCGUUGUUUCUCGAUGAUGCUCGGCGCCGGCAUGUCGGCGCAACUGAGGAGUGGUCGGUGGCACUCUCUUUACGCUGCGUUUUUCUCACUUGGUGCGCCGCUGUGAGUCGGAAGUGCUUGUUUGGACGGGUUACCAGUCAGUUCUUUGCGGGUAACUAUCGGCUGCCGUAAGAUUCCGUGACGCGGCACCGCACCGAGACAGAACGCCUACGCUGAGCCGUGCCACCAUUUCAAGAGCAGAUUCGCGCGUGCCAAUGGGUUUGAAGCUCCGUGCCUUAUUUGAGCUUGGCUUUUCCGCGCCGCGGCCUCUGUCCGGUCGGGCUCAGUCGUGUCCUGUCCUGUCCGGCCGAGCCCUGUCCUGUCCUGUCCUGUCCUGUCCUGUUCUGUCCGGUGGUCCCCAGUCCUGUCCUGUCCAGUCGGGCCCAGUCGCGCCCCCUCGGCCGGCGCGCCCCGCCGUCGUCCGGUGGACGCAAGCCAGACCCGGCCCCCUUGGUGCCGGGUCUGGGAUAUCACCUUGGCGUCAUACACAGUGGUCAGACCGUUGGCUGGCCUCCUGAAUGGCCGCUGGCGCCGCAGACCGCAGUCCAGACUGGGUCGCCACGAUGAGGCAGGCCACUGGCCACGGUGAACAAUCCAGCCCAUGCGUAGCACAGAUUUGCGACAGAUCGGCGCAUCAACUCGCCCGUGCAAGUGAUCCGUCAGGAUCGACGGCACGAACCGCGGUUUACUUCGUGGACGUGUCGCGGCCCGGAAUCAGAUUAACCCGGGGUGUCACGUCCGGACCGCGCUCCCCGGCGGGCGGGGCGGCCGAGAGCAGUCCGUCCAGGCUGGAGGCGGGUCCGACGGCGGCCGCAGCCCGGGCCCGGCCCUUCACAGCUCGCCCGCCGGCCGGCCUUUCCUAGUGCGGCGCCGCCCGCACUGAGGUCACCAGGCAUCGUCGGUGACGUCACCGGUCACCGCGCGGCCCCACCGUUCCUCUCUUGGUGUGUUGUUUUGUUGGCGUUUGUACAGUCGAGUGCUAGUUGAUGCUAGUUCCAGUGCACCAGAUCUCGACUGCCCCCGGCGCGGUCCCAGCGGAGGGCGAGCGGCGCGGGUUCGCGGCCGGCUGGGGGCUGAACUUUACCACGAGUCUUGCCGGCGCAGCGACGCCCCGCCGCGCGGCCCCGCUCUGGCCGUCCCCGGUCCCCCGUUGGCCCGCGCUUUCCAGUCCUGUUUGGCGAAUAAAGUGACUUUCAAUCGGA